GGUUAUGGGGCUCGUAUGCAAUGCGGAGCUUGGGGGGUCUGCGGGGGUGCAUGACGGUGUGGAGGGCUCUGGGGGGUGUCAGGCUGUGGGGUGUGUGAGGCCAGAGCCCCAAGGGACCCAUGUGCCCAGGGGGGUGACGCCCAACAUCUGUGCCGCUUGUGGGAGAUGUGUGUGCUGCUGGCUGGGCUCCAGAGAGGGUCUUCUGGGGGUGGGGACAGAGUCCUGCAGGCUGGGGAAGUCGGGGUGUGGGUGCUGUGUCUGCUGCCCCCCGCUCACUCCAUCCAGCCCCUCCCAAGGUAAGCCAGUGCGGGAUGCCUGCGUGCUGUGCCCGAGGGGCUGUGGGGAGGGCCAAGGGGUGUGCACAGUGCCUGGCACCCUCCCAGCCACCUGUGUGCCCUUGGGCCUCUGGGGCACUGUCCCCAAAGCCUUUGGCCAGAGCCAGGGUGGGGAUGGGACUGAGAGAGCCAGCAGUCACCUCUGGGCUUGGGGGAUGGCUGUGCCUAACAGGGAGUGCCAGGGACAGCAGCAGCAUCCAGAGUGAUUCGUGUCAGGCACAGCGGCCCCGGCAGGUGCAGCUGGGUGCUGUCAGGGACAGGGCAAGGACUCCCUGAGGACACCACUCACUCAUCCUGGUUUGCCCUUUGCCCCAGCUGUGGCUCCUGGCAACACCUGCCCAUAUCUCCCUAUGGAGAGAUUGAUUAGAUCCUGAGAACAGGACUUCCUAUUUUUUCCCAGAGUGUGACAGGAUGUGUCAUCCCCACCCUGGGUGGGGACCUCACCUGUGCCCACUGGGGCUGGGCUCACAAGGACGGAGUUUGACCCCGCUGCCUCCAGGUACCUGACCCUGGACUUUGAGAGGGCUGUGGGCAGAGGAGUCCCUCCCAAGUGUCCCUCCCCACAUUCCCCCACCGCUGCCAGGCCCCUGUGCUGCACCACGCUGCCCUGCUUUCCCUGGGUGGGGCAGCCUGUGAGCUGUGCCCCCCGCACGCCGGGGCGGCCUGGACCCUCUGGCAGUGUCACUCGAGGGUGAAUGGGGUGACACUGAGUCUGCAUCUGAGCUUGGCUGAUGGGGACACACGCUGGGCCCCGCAGCAUGGUGGGGAUGUGGCUGCUGGCUGCGACCACCCGCUCUGUCCCUCCCUGUGCAGGGCCAGGCCAGCGCUGGGGCAGGACGCCGGGGUCAGGCACACAGCCCGCUCACGCUCCCCGAUGGUGCCACCCCCCACUGCCAGCUCUGCCCCUGCAGCAGCGGCGCCGGGCGUUGCUGCUCCCGCCAGCCUGGGGGGCGGGCGGGUGGAAAGCUCAUCCCAGGGUCUGUCGCCGCCCUGAACCCCAUGCCCAUUUAAUCCUUCACCCAUUAACUUGGGCUAAUAAACCUCGUGGGAGCGAGAGGCUAAAAGCCGUGCUUGCAUCAGCGCCGUCUCUGCCAGUGCCGCUCCUGCUGCCCGCCAUGGCAGGCGGCUUCUUCAUCAGCAAGACCGUGGGCAUCGUGGCCAUCGUGCUGGGCCUGGGGGCUGUGGCCACCAUCAUUGCACUCUCGGUGGUGUACGCCCAGGAAAAGAACAAGGGGACAUCAGAUGUGGGCAGCAGCACCACGGCCAGCCCCAACAUCACCACCACCACCACCCCUGCCCCCAACAACCCCUGGAACCGGUGGAGGUUGCCGGCCUCGCUGAAGCCAGAGUUCUACGAGGUGUCCCUGCAGCCCUUCCUGAAGCCCGAUGCCAACAACAUGUACAUCUUCAAGGGCAACAGCAGCGUGGUCUUCUUGUGUGAGGAAGCCACCAACCUCAUCCUCAUCCACAGCAAGAAACUGAACUACACCAUGCAGGGCUCCUUCCAUGCCACCUUGCAGGCAGAGGGUGGUGGCAGUGCCCCUGCCAUCUCCAGCACCUGGCUGGAGGAUACCACCCAGUACCUGGUGGUGCAGCUGGCUGCUCCCCUGCAGCAGGGCCAGCGGUACCGGCUGUUCAGCAGCUUCACCGGGGAGCUGGCCGAUGACCUGGCUGGCUUCUAUCGCAGCGAAUACACGGACGAGUCGAACACCAAGCAGGUGGUGGCCACCACUCAGAUGCAGGCGGCUGAUGCACGCAAAGCUUUCCCCUGCUUCGACGAGCCGGCCAUGAAAGCCAACUUCACAGUGACACUGAUCCACCCCUCCGGCUACGGGGCCAUUUCCAACAUGCCUGCCAAAAACACCAGGGACCAGGAGAUUGAUGGAGAAAUCUGGCAUGUCACUGAGUUUUACACCACUCCCCGGAUGUCCACGUACCUUCUGGCCUUCAUUGUCAGCCAGUUCACCAAUGUGGAGAGAAACUCGAAUGGAACACUGAUUCGCAUCUGGGGCCGCCCCAAAGCCAUCGCUGAGGGCCAGGGCGACUACGCACUCAAUGUCACUGGCCCCAUCCUCAGCUUCUUUGAGAAGCAUUACAACACGUCCUACCCGCUCCCGAAGUCUGACCAGGUUGGCCUCCCCGAUUUCAAUGCGGGCGCGAUGGAGAACUGGGGGCUGGUGACCUACCGGGAGAACUCGCUGCUCUUUGAUGCUAGCUACUCGUCCAUCGGCAACAAGGAGCGGGUGGUGACCGUCAUCGCCCACGAGCUGGCACACCAGUGGUUUGGGAAUUUGGUGACGCUGCGGUGGUGGAACGACCUGUGGCUGAACGAGGGCUUCGCCUCGUACGUGGAGUACCUGGGUGCCGACUCUGCUGAGCCCACCUGGAACAUUAAAGACCUGAUGGUGCUGAACGAGCUGCAUGCGGUGAUGGCCACAGACGCCCUGGCCAGCUCCCACCCGCUCUCCUUCCGUGAGGAUGAGAUCAACACCCCAGCCCAGAUCAGUGAAGUCUUCGACACCAUUGCCUACAGCAAGGGAGCAUCGGUGCUGCGGAUGCUCUCGAGCUUCCUUAGUGAGGACAUCUUCAAGGAGGGGCUGCAGUCCUACCUCCACACCUUCUCCUACAGCAACACCAUCUACGCUGACCUCUGGGUCCAUCUGCAACAGGCAGUGGACAAGAACAGCGUCAAACUGCCUGAAAGUAUCAGCAACAUCAUGGACCGCUGGACGCUGCAGAUGGGCUUCCCUGUGGUCACUGUUGACACUCGCAGUGGCACCGUCAGCCAGGCCCAUUUUCUGCUGGACUCCACAUCUUCUGUGGACAGACCCUCUGUUUUCAACUACACCUGGAUUGUCCCCAUCACCUGGAUGACAGGCAGUGGCCAGGGGAGCAACACCUACUGGCUGACCAAAGUCACAGACACCUACACCGACUUCAGGGUCAACACCCCCAACUGGCUCCUGCUGAACCUCAAUGUCACCGGGUACUUCCGUGUCAAUUACAACCAGGAGAACUGGGAUCAGCUCCUCAAGCAGCUUGACACUAACCACAUGGUCUUCCCUGUGAUCAACCGUGCCCAGAUCAUUGAUGACGCCUUUAACCUGGCCAGGGCCAAGUACAUCAGUGUGACCUUGGCUCUGAACACGACACGGUUCCUGAGCCAGGAGACGGAGUACAUGCCCUGGCAGGCAGCACUCUCCAACCUCAAGUACUUCCAGCAGAUGUUUGACCGCAGCGAGGUCUUUGGGGCCAUGUCGAAAUACAUAAAGAAGCAGGUGACCCCUCUCUUUGAGUACUACCAGAAGAUCACCAAUAACUGGGAAAAUAUCCCCAGUAACUACCCACUGAUGGUCCAGUACAACGAGGCCAAUGCCAUCAGCACCGCCUGCUCCUUCGGUGUCACUGCUUGCCAGAAUUUGGCCAUCAACUACUUGCGCCGGUGGCAGAAUAGCACCACCAACCCGGUCCCCCCGAACCUGCGCUCAGCCAUCUACUGCAGCAUGGUGGCCACGGGCGGGGAGGAUGCCUGGGAUUUCCUCUGGGAGAAGUUCAAGGAGGCCCACGUGGUGUCUGAGGCUGACAAGCUCCGCACAGCCCUCUCCUGCAGCCCGCACCCCUGGAUCCUCAACCGGUACCUGCAGUACACGCUCGACCCUACAAAGAUCCGGAAGCAGGAUGCCACCUCCACCAUCAACAGCAUUGCCAGCAACGUCGUGGGGCAGCCCCUGGCCUGGGACUUCAUCCGUGGCAACUGGAGAACGCUCUUCACCCAGUACGGGGGCGGCUCCUUCUCCUUCUCCCGCCUGAUUUUAGCUGUGACCCAGCGCUUCUCCUCAGAGUUUGAGCUGCAACAGCUGGAGCAGUUCAAGAAGGACAACCAGGACAUCGGGUUUGGGUCGGGGACGCGGGCGCUGGAGCAGGCGCUGGAGCAGACCCGCGCUAACAUCAAGUGGGUGGAGGAGAACCGGGCCGCGGUGCUGACCUGGUUUGAGAGCGAGAGCAAGAGCGGAUAACGGGCGCCUGCGCUUCCCCGGCCACCGGGACGGACCCUCGGCAGACCCCCUCCCUCCAUCCCCCCGCCCUGCCACGGAGGGGCUGACGCCUGCAUGAUGGGCACUGCGGACUCGGGGGGCUUGGCAGGGGGAGUCGGGCUGGUGCGCUCUGGGCUGUAAAUAAAUACCUGGUUUCCAGAGCCA